GCUCAGCACCACCAUGAGGUGGUGAGAGUCAAUGGAACAAGAUGAAGGCAUGAAAUGCGAUAUCCCUCAUUGUUAGCAAUAUCCACGUGUCAGUAUAAUAGGGAGCUCUCUGGAAAGGAUAUCACUGAAUUGCAGUGUGUUCUGUAACAGGAGUCACCGCGGCAAGUCCAUGAAAUGUCUUCCCUCCUAGAUCCUCCACCAUCAGCUGUGAGUGAUAGUAUUGAGUUACUUAGAAAACUUCGAAAACAAAAUUGAAACAACUUUGUUUUACGGGGUGAGGAGCAUCCCUGAUAUUCCUGUUUCUGCCGCCAUUUCUUGUCUCAGAAUCUGUCCACCAUGUCAUCGCUCCUGGAUAUGUCCGAGUUCGGGGAGGCCGCAGACUAUUUGCGGAAAAGUGAUGGCGAACUCAUGAAGCUGCAGACGAUCCCGUUUGAUGGUAAGAAGAAAGCAUGGAUCCCAGAUGAAAAGGAAGCCUACAUCGAAGUUGAAAUAAAGGAUUCCACUGGUGGCAAAGUCACAGUGGAAACAAAAGAUAAAAGGUCUUUAGUCGUGAAGGAAGAUGACAUUCAGCAGAUGAACCCUCCAAAAUUUGACAUGAUUGAAGACAUGGCCAUGCUGACCCACCUCAAUGAGGCCUCGGUCCUCUCAAAUCUGAGACGUCGCUAUGCCAACUGGAUGAUCUACACCUACUCCGGGCUCUUCUGUGUAACUGUGAAUCCAUACAAAUGGCUUCCUGUCUACACAGCCACCGUUGUGGCCGCUUACAAAGGCAAAAGGCGUUCAGAAGCUCCGCCGCAUAUUUACUCCAUCGCCGAUAACGCCUACAACGACAUGGUUCGAAAUCGCGAGAACCAAUCCAUGCUGAUCACCGGAGAAUCCGGUGCAGGCAAAACUGUUAACACGAAACGUGUAAUUCAGUACUUUGCUAUUGUGGCUGCCCUCGGGGAAGGGAUCGGGAAGAAGAGCCAAGCUCCUGCCACCAAAACUGGGGGCACUCUUGAAGACCAAAUCAUUGAAGCUAAUCCAGCAAUGGAAUCAUUUGGCAAUGCCAAGACCCUAAGAAACGACAAUUCUUCCCGCUUUGGAAAAUUUAUCCGAAUCCAUUUUGGACCAACCGGAAAGCUUGCUUCUGCUGCCAUCGAUAUCUAUCUCCUGGAAAAAUCGAGAGUGAUUUUCCAGCAGCCCGGAGAGAGAAGCUACCAUGUUUAUUAUCAGAUUCUGUCUGGGAAGAAACCAGAACUUCAAGACAUGCUACUACUCUCCACCAACCCCUACGAUUACCACUUUUGCUCACAAGGUGUAACAACAGUGGACAACCUGGAUGAUGGAGAAGAACUUAUGGCCACUGAUCACGCCAUGGAUAUUUUAGGCUUCAGUCAGGAGGAGAAGACCGGCACCUAUAAAUUAGUGGGCGCUGUCAUGCAUUUCGGGAACAUGAAGUUCAAGCAGAAGCAGAGGGAGGAGCAAGCAGAGGCCGACGGCACUGAAAGUGCCGACAAGGCCGCCUACCUUAUGGGAAUCAGUUCAGCUGAUCUUAUUAAAGGUUUGCUCCACCCCAGAGUAAAAGUCGGCAACGAAUAUGUGACCAAAGGUCAGAACGUGGAACAAGUGGUGUUCGCAGUUGGCGCUUUAGCAAAAGCCACUUAUGAUCGGAUGUUCAAAUGGCUUGUUAGUCGAAUUAACAGGACACUGGACACCAAGCUAGCCAGGCAGUUCUUUAUAGGAGUGCUGGACAUCGCUGGCUUUGAAAUAUUUGAGUAUAACAGCUUCGAGCAGCUCUGCAUCAACUUCACCAAUGAGAAACUGCAACAGUUUUUCAACCACCACAUGUUCGUCCUGGAGCAGGAAGAGUACAAGAAGGAAGGGAUUGAGUGGGUCUUCAUUGAUUUUGGACUUGACUUACAGGCCUGCAUAGACCUUAUAGAAAAGCCCCUUGGCAUCCUUUCCAUCCUGGAAGAAGAAUGCAUGUUUCCCAAAGCAUCCGACAUUUCCUUCAAAGCAAAGCUUUACGACAACCAUUUGGGGAAAUCUCCCAACUUUCAGAAGCCUAAAGUAGAUAAGAAGCGCAGAUAUGAACCUCACUUUGAACUCGUUCAUUAUGCUGGAGUGGUGCCCUACAAUAUCAUGGGAUGGUUGGACAAAAACAAGGAUCCUCUGAAUGAAACUGUAGUCGGAGUGUUCCAGAAGUCCUCCAAUAAACUGCUGGCCAGUGUGUACGAGAAAUACAUCAGCUCCGAUGCAGAUGACCGUCCCAAGACCGGAGUGAAAGAAAAACGCAAAAAAGCCGCUUCAUUCCAGACGGUUUCCCAACUUCACAAGGAAAACCUGAAUAAGCUGAUGACUAAUCUCCGAUCGACACAGCCUCACUUUGUUAGAUGUAUCAUCCCCAAUGAGUCUAAAACCCCAGGUACCAUGGAUCCAUUUAUGGUUCUUCAUCAACUGAGAUGCAAUGGUGUCCUGGAAGGUAUUAGAAUCUGUCGUAAAGGAUACCCAAACAGGCUUCUAUAUGCUGAAUUUAAGCAGAGGUAUCGGAUCCUCAACCCCAAUUCGAUCCCAGAUGACAAAUUUGUUGACAGCAGAAAAGCCACUGAAAAACUACUGGGCUCCCUGGACAUUGAUCAUACACAGUACAAGUUCGGGCACACUAAGGUCUUCUUCAAGGCUGGGUUGCUCGGGCAACUAGAAGAGAUGCGAGAUGAACGUUUGGCCAAGAUUAUUACCAUGCUGCAGGCUAGAAGCCGCGGGAGACUCAUGAGGAUUGAGUACCAUAAGAUCAUUGCAAGAAGGGAUGCAUUGCUGGUCAUCCAGUGGAACAUAAGAGCCUUCAACGCGGUCAAGAACUGGUCAUGGAUGAAGCUCUUCUUUAAGAUCAAACCUCUGCUAAAAUCCGCUCAAACAGAGAAAGAGAUGGCCAACAUGAAGGAAGAAUUCAUAAAGUUGAAGGAAGCUUUGGAAAAAUCUGAAGCCAAGAGGAAAGAGUUAGAAGAGAGUCAGGUCACCCUGGUCCAAGAGAAGAAUGACCUGGGCCUGCAGCUCCAAGCAGAACAAGACAAUCUUGCAGAUGCAGAGGAGCGCUGCGACCAACUAAUCAAAACCAAGAUCCAGUUAGAAGCGAAAGUCAAAGAGUUUGUGGAGAGACUGGAGGACGAGGAGGAGAUGAAUUCUGAUCUGACCUCCAAGAAGAGGAAACUUGAAGACGAGUGCGCCGAACUGAAAAAGGACAUCGACGACCUGGAAAUAACACUGGCCAAAGUAGAGAAGGAGAAACAUGCAACGGAAAACAAGGUGAAAAACCUUGUGGAGGAGAUGGCAGCUUUGGAUGAAAUUAUUGCCAGGCUAACCAAAGAGAAGAAGGCGCUGCAGGAAGCUCACCAGCAAGCUCUGGAUGACCUGCAGGGAGAAGAAGACAAAGUCAACACACUCACCAAGGCCAAAGCCAAGCUAGAGCAACAAGUGGAUGACCUGGAAGGGUCUUUGGAACAAGAGAAAAAGCUGCGAAUGGACCUAGAACGUGCGAAGCGGAAGCUGGAGGGGGAUCUGAAACUUACCCAGGAGUCUGUCAUGGAUCUGGAGAAUGACAAACAGCAGCUGGAGGAGAAACUGAAAAAGAAAGAUUUUGAGAUAAGUCAGCUGAACUCAAGGAUUGAAGAUGAGCAAAUGAUGUCCAUUCAGUUACAAAAGAAGAUUAAAGAGCUUCAGGCACGUAUCGAAGAACUUGAAGAAGAGUUGGAAUCAGAAAAGGCUACCCGAGCGAAGGUGGAGAAACAGCGCUCUGAGGUCGCCAAAGAGCUAGAGGAAUUAAGUGAGCGCUUGGAAGAAGCUGGUGGGGCCACUUCUGUUCAGAUUGAGAUGAACAAGAAGCGGGAAGCAGAAUUUUUGAAGAUACGUCGGGAUCUGGAAGAAGCCACACUCCACCAUGAAGCCACCGCUGCUGGUCUGCGGAAGAAGCAUGCAGACACUGUGGCCGAACUCGGGGAGCAGAUCGACAGCCUACAGAGGGUUAAACAGAAACUGGAGAAGGAGAAAAGUGAGAUGAAGAUGGAGCUGGAUGACUUGUCUUCUAACAUAGAAAUACUCUUGAAAAACAAGGGCAAUGCAGAGAAGUUGUGCCGGACGUUUGAGGACCAACUAAGUGAAGCAAAAUCCAAGGGAGAUGAACUACAGCGACAACUAGCCGAUAUGUCCUUACACAGAGCAAGGCUACAAACGGAGAACGGAGAAUUCUCCCGUCUUCUGGAAGAAAAGGAGUCUCUAAUCAACCAGCUAAGCAGAGGCAAGGCUUCCUUCACUCAGUCCAUUGAAGAGCUGAAAAGGCAACUGGAAGAGGAGACAAAGUCCAAAAACGCAUUAGCCCACGCGCUGCAAGCAUCCCGCCACGACUGUGAUCUUAUGCGAGAACAAUACGAGGAGGAGCAGGAGGCCAAAGCAGAGCUGCAAAGGUCUCUAUCAAAGGCAAACGCAGAGGUAGCUCAGUGGAGGAACAAGUACGAAACCGAUGCCAUCCAGAGGACAGAAGAGCUGGAAGAUGCCAAGAAGAAGCUAGCGGCACGUCUUCAGGAUGCCGAGGAAGCGAUUGAAGCUGCGAACGCUAAGUGUUCUUCCCUGGAGAAGACCAAGCACCGUCUCCAGACUGAGAUCGAAGACUUGGUCAUAGACUUGGAGCGGGCCAACUCUGCCGCCGCUGCAUUGGAUAAGAAGCAGAGGAACUUUGACAGGAUCCUGACCGAAUGGAAGCAGAAAUACGAGGAGACCCAAGCUGAGCUGGAGGCCUCGCAAAAGGAGUCGCGCAGCCUGAGCACUGAGCUCUUCAAGCUGAAGAACGCAUACGAGGAGUCUCUAGACAAUUUAGAGACCAUGAAACGGGAGAACAAAAACCUGCAAGAGGAGAUUGCGGAUCUCACCGAUCAAAUCAGCUCCAGCAGCAAAACCAUUCAUGAGCUAGAAAAGGUGAAGAAGACCUUGGAAAGUGAGAAGAGCGACAUUCAAGCGGCCCUGGAAGAGGCGGAGGGAGCUUUGGAACAUGAAGAAAGUAAGACUUUGCGCAUUCAGCUAGAGUUGUCUCAGAUUAAAGCUGACGUGGACAGGAAACUGGCAGAAAAAGACGAAGAGAUCGAAAAUCUCAGACGCAAUCACCAGCGGGCUAUGGAAUCCAUGCAGGCAAGUCUGGAUGCUGAGGCGAAGGCCAGGAACGAGGCCAUUCGGCUGAAAAAGAAAAUGGAAGGGGAUCUGAAUGAAAUGGAAAUCCAACUCAAUCACGCCAAUCGCCAGGCUGCGGAGUCCCAGAAAAUGGUGCGACACUUACAGUCUCAAAUUAAGGAUCUGCAGAUUGAGCUGGAUGACACCCUCCGACACAAUGAUGACUUAAAAGAACAAGCUGCGGCACUCGAGAGACGCAAUAAUCUGCUACUGGCUGAGGUGGAGGAAUUGCGGGCAGCACUGGAGCAGGCCGAGAGGGGAAGGAAACUGGCAGAGCAAGAACUACUGGAGGCAACUGAGAGGGUUAACCUUCUGCACUCCCAGAACACCGGCCUUAUUAACCAGAAGAAGAAGAUGGAUGCCGACAUCUCGCAAUUGACCACGGAGGUGGAAGAAGCUGUCCAGGAAUGUCGCAAUGCUGAAGAGAAAGCAAAAAAAGCAAUCACUGAUGCCGCAAUGAUGGCCGAGGAGCUGAAGAAAGAGCAAGACACCAGCGCUCACCUUGAGAGGAUGAAGAAGAAUAUGGAGCAAACGAUCAAAGAUCUUCAGAUGCGUCUAGACGAAGCUGAACAAAUAGCUUUGAAAGGAGGAAAGAAACAGAUCCAAAAACUUGAAGCAAAGGUGAGAGAACUGGAAGGAGAACUCGAAAUCGAGCAGAAGAAGAACGCCGAAACCCAGAAAGGAAUAAGGAAAUACGAGAGGAGGAUUAAGGAACUCACCUACCAGACCGAAGAGGAUCGGAAAAACCUGGCCCGAAUGCAGGACCUGAUCGAUAAACUGCAGAUGAAGGUCAAGAGCUACAAACGCCAAUCUGAGGAGGCGGAGACUCAGGCCAACUCCAACCUACAGAAGUACAGGAAGGUCCAACAUGAACUGGACGAUGCAGAAGAACGUGCGGACGUGGCAGAGGCACAAGCCAACAAGCUGCGGGCCCGGACAAGAGAAGCCGCUUCCUCCAAGCACGAAGAAUGAACGGAUCAGACGCUACAAUGGCUUCCGGGAUGGCUGCAACAGCUGUGCCCGAUCCCCUCAUCCCACCCCCUUGUUAACCAAUAAAAUCUACUGAGGCGCAAAGACCGGUAUCUGUGUUCU